AUGGCCUCUCCUUCUGUACCCAAGACCAUGCCGACCUACAGUCCCAGAGCGCAGGCCGCUCUAUUGAAAGCUGCAAACCGCGUUUUCGACAUACACCAAUCUGUCGAGUCGCUUGACGAACUGGUGAAUGGCAUCUUCCUUGCUCAAAUACUUCACGAAUUGGAUAGCGAAUUUGAGCCGUCGCAUCUAGAAUCUGCCCAAGGCACCUCGAAGUACUUGACGAAUAAGCGUAAUUUUCAAACGGUCUAUAAAGGUCUUUUCAGGUUUAUUCGUCGACAAGUUCCGGAACUCAGCUGUCAAGCCAAGAAAUUCGACUACCAUGCUGUUGCAGAAAACCCCGGUCCUCAGGGCAUCAGUCAAUUGCUUGCUGUCAUGGUAUCUGCUGCUGCGAUGGGCCCCGACAAUGGAAAAUAUGUUCCCCGGAUACAACACGGACUCGAUCGCGAGAACCAAGCCGAGAUCAUGCAAAUCAUUCGCUCUAUGCAGCAGGACAUUGCCAACUACAAGGAUGACGACGGUCUUGACGAGGCUAUCGAUGCUGUCAUGGAAGCACGAGACAUGGAUCUGCUGGUGGAGGAGCAAAAUGCAGCUCUCCGACAACAGCUGGAAAGCACCAAGAAAAAUCUAUCGGAUUACAUCACUCGCUUGGAGUACUUGCAGCAGAGUCACGAGGAACUGAGAUACGAGAAGGAAAAGAACGAUCGCGAGCUCGAGGUUCUGCGCAAAGCGACACACGAUGGUGCCAACAGCGCCGAGGCUAUCAAACUUCUUGAGAAUCAAGUCCAUGAACAGAUGGAGAUCAUAGCGAAAAACGAAGAGACUAUACGGAAUCAUGACCGGGUGAAGGCUUACUUGGAUAGCGAGGUGCAACGACUGAGCCAAAAAAGCAUUCAAGCAGACGAACUUCGAGAUCAAGUAGCAGAAUGGAAACACAAAGCAGAAGAACUAGAGAAGAAGGCAAACACUGCGGAGAGAUACAAGCAAAAGCUCGAGUCUCAGCAACAUUUGGCCAAGGAAGUACAAAAUCUUCAAUACGAAAAGGCUGAGUUGCAAGAGCAGCUGCGGUCCUUUGUAAACGACAAGGAUAGGCACGAUAGGACCAAAAAGGCUGAAGAUGAGCUAACAAAAAUGAUUACACAAUCGGAACAGCACUUGUGGGAUGAGCGAAAUCAGAAAAACCAGCUCAUCAAAGAUGUAGCUGCGCUAGAGGAGGAGUUGACCAGGCUAAAAGCUCAAAGAACACACGACGAACGCUUUAUUCAGGACUUGCAGGAGCAGAUGCAGCAAGGGCCAGCUGCGGCCGCACAGAGCGGAAGGAGUGACCCGACAUCCGCAAGCUUUAGCCUGGAGGAUGAGUUAAACAAUGCUUCUGAUGAAGACCGACAAACCAAUAUCCCACUGGAACUGUCACGUCUCAAGGCUGAGAAUGAGCUUUUACGACGAACGCUCGGGUCAACUGGGGACGCUGCCUCAUUACGACGAGAUCUCGAAGAGCAACGACGCCAGCGGGAUCGCCUUCAGCAGAAUUUUAAUGACAUAUUCGAAAAGUACACGAUAACUCGGGAGCAAAUUUCUGCUCUCAUGACAGAAUCUACCGACGAAGGGUCUCAAUCAUUCAUCAACCUGCGGAAUAAGCUCGUCCAGGCACAAGAAGAACUAGCAGAAGCGACAAAAAGGGCCAAUGACUGGCAGUCCCAAGCUGCGGAUUCGAGCAGGGAUUUGGCAUCGGCAAAUGCCAAACUGUCAGCUGCGGAGAAGGGCGGUAUCGAGGCCAUCGACGAGCUAAAGAGCACAGACAAGUUGAUUUCCGAGUCGCUGAAAUCGGAGCUGGACAGAUUGAGAGAAGACUAUAGCUUUGUCAUAAGUGAGCGAGAUGCGCAAAAGUCUCAGCUUAUCGAUGCCCUUCUUGCCAAAGACCGGUUCAGAAAAGAGCUAGAAGAGAUGAAGGAGCUGCAAGACACAACCACAAAUGGCGCUGGAGAUGCAGACAUGUCUGAAGCUAUGAAGCGGGCCAGUGACAAGAUUGAGAAACUGCGCACACGGCUGAAGGAGCGUAAACAGCAACUCGAGCAGUCGGAGCAAGAAAAAGUCGAUCUGCAAGGGCGCCUCAAAGCCGCUCAAGGCGCCGAAAAUUCCAAUGCUCAGAGGAUGGCCAUGAACCAAAUCAUCAAAAAUCUUCAGAGGGAAAACGCUCUGAUGGCAACGGCUUGGUACGACAUGACUACUCGAUUGCAAAGCAACCAUGUUGUUCUUCAGCGGCCGCAGGAUGCCCCUCGAAGCUGGUUGAACAAGCAGAGGCAGAUGGUCAAUGGUCAGUUGCGCCAACGCGACUUGCUCUACCUCUACUGA